UUUCAAAAUUAGCUUCGCUGGUUGUUAGUAAAUUCUAACCAUAAAGUAAUCAUUUUCAAAGUGUGGGUAAGCAAGAAAGAAAACCAUCUGUCAGAGUGGGCUCAAAGAAUAGAGUCUAAAAUGGAGGCUACUAGUUUCUGCUAUAACAAACUGAAGCAUAAAUCCCAUUUGGCCACUACGGGAAAGUCAAUGAUUUUCUUCUUUUUUUCUUCGCAUUUUUGCCGCUCACCUCUGGCCUGUCGCUUUCCCUGUGAUUUCCUAAUGGAGCCAGGAAGUGGUUGUCCAAGGCAAUCUGAAUUCAGAACAGAAAAAUAACCAUUGAGAAAAAAAAAGAAUACAAGUAAACCUGUUUCUAAAGCUUGAUCCUCAGAAUUUCAGCCCCAUUACAUAGAUCUGAAUCAGAACAGGCAUCUUUCCUGAUGUCCAAGUGGUUCCUUAUUUACAGUUUGAGAAGCCCUGAAUUUAGAACUAGAAUAUUAGCUCCUUUGGAGAGCAGACUUCAACAAAAAGGAUUGAAAAGUGAACCAAUUCAUCCAAUCAGAAUCUUUAGAAAUUGACCAAUCACUUCAGUGACUCUUCAGCCAAUGGAUUUGUUUCGCGGGAGUUUUGAACUAGAGUAAGACCAAUCAGACUGUUUCUGAGUAUAUAUAAACGGAAUGUCUUUCUCGAUACAUCUAGUCUUUUUUUCUUUGUAUCGCCAUGGCUCGUACUAAGCAGACAGCCCGCAAGUCCACCGGUGGUAAAGCACCGCGGAAGCAGCUGGCCACCAAGGCGGCCCGCAAGAGUGCGCCGGCCACUGGCGGCGUGAAGAAGCCGCACCGCUACCGCCCCGGCACGGUGGCCCUGCGAGAGAUCCGCCGCUACCAAAAGUCCACGGAGCUGCUGAUCCGCAAGCUGCCGUUCCAGCGGCUGGUGCGCGAGAUCGCGCAGGACUUCAAGACCGACCUGCGCUUCCAGAGCUCGGCGGUGAUGGCGCUGCAGGAGGCGUGCGAGGCCUACCUGGUGGGGCUCUUCGAGGACACCAACCUGUGUGCCAUCCACGCCAAGCGCGUCACCAUCAUGCCCAAGGACAUCCAGCUUGCCCGCCGCAUCCGCGGGGAGAGGGCGCGCGAUGCCUCCCCAGCGAUACGCUCAAAAAUAUCGUUGACGAAGGAGUUCAUGAUGCCCAUUGCUUUGGACGAGAUGCCGGUGUCCGGGUGGACCUGCUUCAGCACCUUGUACACAUACACGGAAGCAAGAAGAGCCGGGCUUGAGUUGCAACAGUUUUUUCAGUUCGUCUUGAUGGCUCGUACUAAGCAGACUGCCCGCAAGUCCACCGGCGGUAAGGCGCCGCGCAAGCAGCUGGCCACCAAGGCGGCCCGCAAGAGCGCGCCGGCCACCGGCGGCGUGAAGAAGCCGCACCGCUACCGUCCCGGCACGGUGGCCCUGCGAGAGAUCCGCCGUUACCAGAAGUCCACGGAGCUGCUGAUCCGCAAGCUGCCGUUCCAACGGCUGGUGCGCGAGAUCGCGCAGGACUUCAAGACCGACCUGCGCUUCCAGAGCUCGGCCGUGAUGGCGCUACAGGAGGCGUGCGAGGCCUACCUGGUGGGGCUCUUCGAGGACACCAACCUGUGUGCCAUCCACGCCAAGCGGGUUACCAUCAUGCCCAAGGACAUCCAGCUUGCCCGCCGCAUCCGCGGGGAGAGGGCGUAAAUUGUCGACACCAACUACUAAUACCAAACCCAAAGGCUCUUUUCAGAGCCACCUACAACUUCACUUGGAAGAACUGUAUCACAAAGUAGAUCAUCUCCAAAAGAACCUCUAACAAAACAGUGGGAGCAGAGCAUAACUCCGUGUUCCAUGUACCAAUCCUAGGAAAAUAGUUGACUUGCAACCUGUUUUACAUGUAAAAACCAGGGCAUUGACACCUGAAACUUCCAUUGCAAUCCGAAAAGUUAAACAGCAAAAAAAGUGAUGCGAUCCUCUUAAACCCUGAAAAUAGUGAUCCUCUUCCUCUAUAAGCAGCAAGUAGUGUGAAGAUAUUCUUAAACCAGUAUAAUAGGAUGCAUUAUGAGAAGUAAAUGCUAAGUUAUAUAAGCAAACAAUUCUACUUCAAGUACAAGUCAUAUAUGUAUAUA